AUGUUUCUCCCCCUGGCAGUGAGCACGGAUGAACUUUUAAAAGAAGCAACCAGAUGUCCCAUCUGCACAGCUUACUUCGAAAAGCCAAUGACCCUGGAGUGUGAAUGCGUCUUCUGUCUCAGUUGUACCAAUUCACUACAGAAGGAGCCCCAAGGGGAAGGUGUCUUGUGUCCCUUCUGCUUGGUGGCUUCUCAGAAAAACAACAUCAGGCUCAAUCGGCAGCUGGGGAGUCUGGUUUCCCACAUUAAGGAACUGGAGCCCAAGCUGAAAAAAAUUCUGCAGAUGAACCCAAGGAUGCGGAAGUUCCAAGUGGAGGUGACCUUGGAUGUCAACACGGCUCACAACCUCCUCCUCAUUUCUGAAGACCUCAGGAGUGUCCAAUGUGGGAGGAUCCAUCAGAAUCGGCCAGAUCUCGCUGAGAGAUUCAACUUGGCAGGUGCUGUCCUGGGCUCUCCUGGUUUCACCUCUGGCCGCCACUACUGGGAGGUGGACCUAGGAAUAAGUGAAGAAUGGAACCUGGGAGUCUGCAGAGAAUCUGCCAGCCGCAAAGGGAUCAUCCAAAUGAUCACGGAUCAUGGAUUCUGGAUUGUGAGUUUGAGGUCUGGGGGACUCCACUUUGCUAACACAAGCCCUCCAACACCCCUUUGGGUGAACCCCAAUUUACAGCGAGUGGGGAUUUUUAUGGAUAGAGGCAUGGGAGACAUCUCCUUUUACCACCUUGGAGAUGGAUCCCACAUCUAUACAUUCACGAAUGUUUUUCCUGAGGAGCCGCUGCGCCCAUAUUUUGCUCCUUCCACUCUCCCAGAUCAGGGAGUCCUAAGUGUCUGUCCCGUGACAAACCCAGGCACUGCCCAUCCGGUCCUUCCUGGGGAGGGCAAAUAA